ACGACGUGAAGAACAUUAUCGUUUAUUAUGGGAAGAACUUGAAACAUUUUUAAAAGCACAUGCACGUAAUUCUAUAAUGCAUGCUGAAGUAUUAAAUUGUCUUCUUGAAGUUAGAAAUAAAAAUGAUAAAGAUAAAGUUGAAUUGGAUCAGGCAUUACGUGAACUUGAUGGAAUUGGAAAAGAAGAAACACCACGUGCAAGCGUUAUACGUGCAACAACAGAUUCACCAAUGUCACCACCAACAUCAACAUCAAUGUCAUUACAAAAACAAUUAUUAAAAAAUAAUUCAUCAAAAAGUUUUCUUGAUAUUUGGCUACAACGUAGUACACCAAAAGAUAAAAAACCAGAAUUCCAUGGACGUUUAAAUAGCGAUGGUUUAAAAGCAAAAUUAUAUCCAAAUUUUAAAGAACCUGGAUGGGAAUUACGUGAGCCAAUGAUUGAAACAUAAAUUAAAUUUAUUAUUUGUUUCUAA